CUACGCUUUUUAAUAAUUGGCUCAGAAUUAUCCAAAGAAAAUGUUUGGGGUAGUGAACUCGAUUGCUCAUGUUAUUGGAACAAAGAAAGUAAAUGCCGUAAAGUAUGAAAGAAAAAUUAGAAGUUACUCACGAUUCUCACUGUAAACAGAACUAGACUUGCUGAUCGUCUAAAACAGACAAAAUACGGUCAAGAUGAUGAAAGUAGAGAUAUAUUUGAAAUGCCUGAUACUUUUGACUGUUUACAUGGGUACCUUUGGGGAGAAGAAUAAGUCUUUACUACAGGAGUAUGAUGGUCUGGCUUUCGUCAAAGCCAUCAUAAAGUCACUCAACUUGACUUCAACAAUAGCGCCGCCAACUACUCCAACAACCAUCCAACCGGAAAUCAUGACAUACGACAAUGAAGAAGAACUCGGUAUCAGCUAUGCUCUGUUAUUUGCGUUAUGCUUUGGCUGUCCCUUCGUCCUUAUGAUCAUCGGAUGCAUAUGUUUUGACAACUGGAAAAGUAAAGCGUUGAGGCGCCAGAUCAGCGGAGACCCACGAGGAUUAUAUCGAAGUUAUUCACCAAGCCUGUUUGAUUGGCGAAGUUCAACUAGAUCCACCUCUGCACCAGUUGCAAUUGUUCCAAACAAUGACAACAAAGGGACAGCGUCGGACGUGAUGACUGGGUCUGCUGGGAGGCGAUUGGAAACCAUACCCGAGUCUCCUGAGAUAAGGAUGUCCGAUCAGACAGACAGAAAAACACUUACGCAUGAUUCCUCGGUAUUCCUGGACGAAGGUCUUUCAACAGACAAUGGUUCAGCUAUAGAGGAUAUCAUUUUCCACUCUGAAUUUGCCCUCUCUGACACUAGCUGCUCAAGCUCUGAGAGUUCUGCGUAUUUCGAUCUUGAAGGAGAUGAUAGUAUGACAAUCGUAUCGCCUAACCUAUGGGACAGACAGUCAAGCAUAUCCCCAUACAGAAUCACGUGGUGCACGCCUAAGGACACUAGAUUUGGCCCUAUGGAGGACACACGGUUCAUUAGUGAACAACAUAAUCCGCAUAACAACACACCCGCCAACUCAAAUUUAACAACUCCUGCAUAUAGUUUCUCAUCACCAUACCAUCCAAACAAUAACACGCCACGGACGGUCAGCGAAUCAGAAACUCCACAUAUGGAAUCACUUGAAGACUCCCCAGAUGAACUUAACAACAACAAUGGUUUCAAAAGUGUCUCACUUUCGCUAGAGAACUUCAACAGGAUCUCCCAAGAAAGUGUUACACAAUCGGAUACACCCUAUCCUUCGUCCGAUACGUCAAGCUGCUUUAAUGACACCGAUAGACAAUCGGACACCCUCCACACAACCGAACAGGGUCCUUCUAACCUCCCCUCGAUGCAGACGUCUCCACUGAAUACUAACCAGUCGCCCCAGAACAAGCCGGAGAUGAUGGACACUGCCACUCAAGUUUCAGACAUAGAAAUUCAACAAAACAGCAAAAUUUACGACAACUCGUCACACACCAUCGUUCACUCAAUUCUUCAUAUUUCGACUACUACAUCUAAUAUUCCUAACAAUACUGAUACGUCCAUUAUUCCUCAGGUAGGCAGCUGCAACACGUCAAGUCAUCACAACCAAUCCGAGAACCCACUGACACAUCCAGUAUCCCCAGAGAUUGCCUUCCCCGCGAUCUCAGAGCAUGACAAGUCCGAAGAGAUAGACGACAAUAACAACAACCCCAAUACUUCGUCCUUUAUGGGCACCUCGCAAAUUGACAAUCCUAAUAACAAACGCAACACGUCUUCCAAUAUGGAAACCUCACAAACCGACCAUCUUGAUGGGAAACGCGUGGUUUUAUCAACAUCAUCGUCGCCACACACUGAUCUAUCAUGGGAUGGGUAUCCGUUUUAUCAUGGACUCCGUAACACUUGUGAUGCCCCCGAUGUGGCCAAACUUGAAAAUAUACGAAGGUCCAUAAUUGAAUCUAUGGGCCCAGAGCGUCCAGUAAACAAGAAAAUGCCAAACAGCAGAAAAUCAAUCGAUAGAACGCCAAUCGUAACGAACCCCUUUGUGAAAACCGUACAGGUCCAAGAAAUGGUCAUUACUCCAAAAUCACCAAAGAUUAAAUCAUCACUUACUCAAUAUCCAGUCCUGGGGAAAAAUGGUUUACGUAACACUCCUAGUGUUCGCCGUAUUGUCAACACAUCUGUGCAUGUUUCCCCCAUGAAAGCAAUAGAUCUUGGUAU